UUGCAAAUUGUUGUAACUAGUAGUUGUACCGUCUUUCAUUGCUAUUCUUUUCACCGUGACACCGGUAGCUGCUGUGACUUCACAGGACGGUACCGCUGUGUGCUUGUCCCUGAGCUUGGGAUCUGCGUAUCAUCGAGUCUGAAACUCUCGCUGCACAUCGAUAUAACUAAACGUGGAAAAUGAAAAUGUCGAGCGGUCCAUGGUUUGCUGCCAUUCUGCUCGGUGUGAGCCUGCAAUGGAGACUUGACGGCGUUUGCGGCCAGUUGCCCUUUCCAGCACGCCGCAUGCGAAUGAUAGUGACUGUGGAGCACGAGUCCCAAUUGCCGGAGUACGUGAACUUGCUAGAAAAGUAUCGCGGUGCGAUCAACAUCGCUUCAUCGUACUGCUACAGUGUAGGCCCUCUGGAGCCCGCCUCCAAACUGCCCGACGUGAACUUCUGCUGGAAAUACUUCACCCAGCCUCUGCAGCAGCGCGUGCCCGAAAUGCACAUACACCCAAUCAUUCAGAUGGGCGGUGACAAUGCUGUACACAAUUUUGGCAGGGCAGAGAUCUUCACCAAACUGUUUGUGGCCGAGGCACUCAAGUCAAACUAUUCCGGGUACUUCCUGGAUGUGGAAUUUCAUGGGGAUAAGCACUAUGAGAAUGCGAAGAAGUACAGAGAUUUCCUGCAUGUGUUUGGCAGUGGAUUGCACCAGCAUAACAAGAGCAUGACGGUCUUGUCACGUUCUGUGGACUCUCAUGCUACGCCAGCUUCCAUACUGAAUGUAAUUGGUGGUCUGGAUGGAUUUGUCGUGGAGUGUGAUAGCCAUGAGGUGAAGCUCAUUGAUGAGUUCGUUAGAGCCAUGGGUUAUCGCUUCAAACCACGCGGUGGAGCACUACUGUACCCGCAUGGCGAGCUGAACAGCAAGUGGAGCAUGCAAACUGUGCUUACGGGAAUGUCAAGGUCCGGUUGUCAGGAGCUGGCGUUCUUUGCCAACUUUCAGGACAUGGGCGCUGUGAUGCUUGACGAGAUGAAGAGGUGGUUGGAGGGUGCAUACAACAUUACAGUUCCAGCACCAUAGGGCUGAGGGUGCUGACUCUAUAGCUUUUUCUUCCUUUUCUACAAAAUCCACCUAUCAUCAGAAACUGAAGUGGAUAAAGGAGUGUGGUGGUCGGGCCCAUUAAUUAAGCUCAGCCAACCAGACGUCUCAGCUUCAUAGCUCGCUAUCGAUCACACCGCAUUAUGUGGUGUCUGCAGUGACUUACAUUAUGACACAGACACUGUGACACCGAUCUGCCCGCGUGCCUCUAACAUGUGAGCAUCAACUGAAUCCAGCUGACUGAGUGUGUUACAUCAUGGUGCCCAUCCUUAGUACAGUACCAGUGCCGGUAUAUCAUCACGGUACUGACGGCACUAUGAGCCUGGUGAUCAAUGUUGUAACAGCCACUGCACUGUGGUGACUAACAGUUAUAACCGAGUACCAUCUUACAGCUAAUUGGAGUAACGUGGUGUUUUUGCAAUGCAUUUUAUCUUUCAAAAUGCUCAUCCGGGCCGAGUAAGUUGAUUGAUUGAGAUUAUUUUUACUUCCACAGCCAAACACUGAUACAGGCGUUUCUUUUGCAGAGCCCAUGCAGGCUGGCUUUGGCAAACCCGUGUCGCAGACUCGCACCCGACACGGUUAGAUGAUCAAUGCACACCAGUGGGAUGGGUAGCAGAUGUGUACACGCGGAAUACCUCUGUGUUAUCAGUGACUAUUGAUAUACGUGUGUUGAUAUUUCGGCUUCAUGCCGAGGUCUUCUGUAGUUAGGACAGCACCGUAAUCCAGAUGUUAAAAGUAUGCAUGUUGACCAUGCAAUUCUAGUUUUACCACAGGUUCAUUGUAGUAUAUGGAGCGUGGGUGGUGUUGUGCUCUAUCCAGCAGAGCUGGCGUGUUACCAACUUAGGCUGGCUGAUACAUGUACUCAAUAGUCUGUACAAUGCUUGUAGAGAGAGCAAUAAAUACGCUUGUGUUGACGGAUACUUUGAUAUCUCCAUUUAUCUCCUUAUCAUUGAUUUCAAACACAUGAAUUCUCCUUAUUUACCCGAGGAUUAACGUGCUAUCCAAUAUUAUGGUUUUAUCAUCAAAUCUUACAACUGAUAAUUUCCAAGAAUACCGGACAUCCUGGUACGCUGUG